CAGGCAGUCUGGGCGGUGUGGAGAGUGACGCGCAUCCGGUGAGUGGUGGGAGUACGCAGUCGUUCCUGGAGAAGAGAAGCCGGAGGCCGCACUUUGCCGGUCAGUGAGUGUGUUAGUAGGCAGGUCCAGCCGGACCGGACUUGGAGUCUGGAUCCCUCAAGGGACAAGAGAAGUCCGGGAGAGGGCACCGGAGCUGAGCGGCCCGAGCCUCCCUCCGGACUCGAGUAUAUAGCGCCUGUCCAGUACCCUAUCCUGCUGGAAGCCGCACAGCUCCCCCUCAGAGAGGCCAACUACUGCAGCCUGUACCCGCUCUCCCUACACCCGGCUCCCGCAGACAACAGCGCCCUCCUGGUGGCCACCAUAGAGCUCGGCAGGCCGCCAGCCCUGGACACCGACGAGCCCCUGGCACUGCCAGCCCCCAUCAUAGUCACCAGAGCCUCGGUGGGGUCAGCAGGCGCUGGGCACGAUGAGGAGGGCAAGAUGAGCCAAGACAAGAAGAAGAGGAGCACCAACCGGAUUAUGUUUGUCAAGAAGAUCCUGAUGAAAGAUGGGAGCACGCAACAAGGAUUCGGAAAACCAAGUGUAUAUCAUGCUGUGGUGGUCAUCUUUCUUGAAUUUUUUGCCUGGGGUCUCUUGACAACACCAAUGCUUGUUGUGCUGCAUGAAACAUUUCCUCAGCACACGUUUCUAAUGAAUGGUCUCAUUCAAGGAGUAAAGGGCUUCUUAUCAUUUAUGUGUGCUCCUCUCAUUGGUGCUUUAUCUGAUGUUUAUGGGAGAAAGUCUUUCCUACUUGUAACGGUUUUCUUUACGUGUGCCCCUAUCCCAUUAAUGAGGAUAAGCCCAUGGUGGUACUUUGCUAUGAUAUCAGUUUCUGGAGCUUUCUCUGUGACAUUUUCUGUUAUUUUUGCCUAUGUUGCGGAUAUAACACAGGAACAUGAGCGAAGUACAGCAUAUGGUCUGGUGUCCGCUACAUUUGCAGCAAGUCUGGUCACCAGCCCAGCAAUUGGAGCCUACAUAUCUACGUUCUAUGGUGAUAAUUUAGUAGUUCUCCUUGCCACUGUGGUGGCACUGCUAGAUAUCUGCUUCAUCUUGUUGGUCGUUCCAGAAUCGCUACGUGACAAAAUGAGACCUAGCUUCUGGGAAACGCCAAUUUCCUGGGAACAAGCUGACCCUUUUUCUUCACUGAAGAAGAUUGGGAAGGACACCACCGUGCUUCUCAUUUGUAUCACAGUAUUCUUCUCCUACCUUCCAGAAGCUGGGCAGUAUUCCAGCUUCUUCCUCUAUCUCAAGCAGAUUAUAGGAUUUAAUCAGAGUAGCAUUGCUGCUUUCAUAGCAGUGGUGGGAAUUUUGUCCAUUGUGGCUCAGACUGUAUUUCUCAGUAUACUGAUGAGAUCGAUAGGAAACAAAAAUACUGUUCUUCUUGGCCUAGGCUUUCAAAUGUUCCAGCUGGCUUGGUAUGGCUUUGGCUCACAGCCAUGGAUGAUGUGGGCAGCUGGCGCUGUAGCUGCAAUGUCUAGUAUCACAUUCCCUGCAGUAAGUGCUCUAAUUUCCCGCAAUGCUGAAGCAGAUCAGCAAGGUGUUGCACAAGGUAUGGUGACUGGCAUUCGAGGUUUAUGCAAUGGCCUGGGACCAGCACUGUAUGGCUUUGUUUUCUUUCUCUUCCACGUUGAGCUUGGAGGAUUAGUGCCAGUACCUAGCACUGAAGACAAGACCACCAGUAAGGAUCCCAUUGAGGAAGGAGCAAUCAUUCCAGGACCACCAUUUUUAUUUGGAGCAGUUGCUGUUCUCCUUGCUUUCAUGGUUGCCUUGUUCAUACCUGAACACAGCAGUCACUCCGCCAAAAAUAAUGCUGGUGGAAAGCACACUAUUAGCAACCCACAGACAAAUAACACAGACCGCAGCAGUGACGAGGAUAUAGAACCACUGUUACAAGACACCAGCGUGUGACUGUUUUCUGAGUUCUCCCUUGACGACACCUUGAGGAGGAAGCUAAGCGAAUGUACCAAACUCUGCUGAAAAUAAAGAACAGAAAAAUGAACAUUUCUACAUUGGACCUCCAUGCAGACACUAGGAAGUCUGUCACGGUUUCAUUUUGUUAUUUCUUGUCUAAAAUAUUGGUCAAUGUUACCUAUUCACUGCAUGGGAGGUUGCAUGUGUAGCAGAAAUCUCCAGCAGUAAGCAGCUAAAGGUUUGAGAUUGUGAUAUUUUUUUUUGUUUAUGCUACCUCAAACCUUGUCAUUGCAUUUUAUAUUGACGGUUGGGAAAAAAAUAGAUAUUGCGGUGACAAAGCAUUGACCUCUGAAAGGUACCAUAUGCAAUGAGAGCUGGUGUUGAUACACCUUACAGUGCCUGCUAGUACAUUUCCAUUCUUUUCUUUGUUGGAGAAAUGUGGGAGAAGACUUGGUUUUGCCUUUCUUGCUGCAUAUUCUGAGUAGCCUUGUCUCCUGGACUGCAGUUAUCAAUAAUCUGUUUACAGAGACACUAGUCUUAUGAUGAAUACGUUGCUGCAGGAAUUUCCAAACCACCAUUCUCUCUUUACCAGCAAACCAUCAGACAUAUCUCGAUAAUUCUUGGUAGGUCAGAACAAUCAAACUGCAGCUGUAUUUGCCCAGUAGCUAAACCUGUAUGUUAAAGCCUACUUCAGCUGAACUUGAUAUUGUAAGGCGGAGAAAGUAACUUCAUCAGCUUUGUAAAUAGUAUUUAUUACUUUUUGUUACAUUAUGUUUGUACACAUUUUUCCAUUUGAGUCCUUGGGGACUAUUCCAAAAUGGCUUGUUGGUGUGAUGGAAGUGUAGGUACAGCUGCUUUUACAGAAUGUUUGUCAUAGCGAAUAUAAAUAUAGGAUGUUUCACCACCAUACAUCAAGCACAUUUUCAACAAUUAUCUUUGGACUAAAAAGAUAGAUCAAGACAUUCUGUAAGAUCAGAUAGGUAGUCUAUUUAAUUUACACGGUUUAUUAUUCAAUGCACUGCCUUUGAAUAUCAAAUUUGUCAGAGUAAGAAGUCAAGCUUUAACUAUAUUUUCUUUAUUCUUUAGUACAGUGAUGGUGAACCUUGGCACCCCAGAUGUUUUGGAACUACAUUUCCCAUGAUGCUCACGCACUGUGCAAUGUAGAGCAGCAUCAUGGGAAAGGUAGUUCCAAAACCUGUGGGGUUCCAUGGUUCGCCAUCACUGCUUUAGUAUGUUGUCCCUUUCAUCUGUGUUUAGUAUGUUGCCAUGUUCUCGGUCUUAUCAAGUGUGUGUUUAUACAGAAAACGAUUAUAUAUAUCUAAAAAUGUCACAAAUCUAGCAGCAGUAUACUACAAAACCUGGUAAUGUAAUAUCUAAUGAAAUGAUGACAAAAAUGUGUUUGCUAUAAGGUGCUUUCUUGAAUUUUCUAGCUGCUGAUAUGUGAUUUCGCCGGUAUGGGCAGUUUUUAUACAUCUGUCCCCACUGUGCUGUCACAUACAUUACACACAAAAUAGAGCAGACAACUGGAUCAUUGACUUAUUUAUAUACAGUACAUGCAAUUGCCAAUUAGAAUAUUGUUUCAGCUAGGGUAUUAUGAAAAAAAAAUCUCCAGCAUCCGCCCAAAAUUGGCUAAAAUAAGAAAAUAAAUCUCUUUAAUAAAUAUCUUAAUAAAACACAUAUUAAAUAAACUCAAAUUAAAAACAUAAUAUUGGUGUUUGCAGAGGUACAUUUCACCAAGAAGCUGAAAGUUUCUUUCUGGUCUGGCAACCAGCCUUAUACAAGUUAUCAAUAUAUUGGUUUACUAGGAACAGAUAGGCCUUUUAUUGGUAUAUAAGAAUUGGUAAUCUAUUCAUUUACAGUAAAAAAAAAAAAAAAUGGGGGGUUUUGUCAUAUUUUCUACAAACUAGUUAAAUCCCUAAAAAAAUGUAAACGGUUAUAACAGUACCAAUAUUUCAUUGGGGUGGGAGGAAGUAGGAGAAAACUAUAUAUUUUUAUAUAUUUGCUUGAGAAGGCUGUUUCUUCAGGGGGAUUGACAUUUUUGUUAGAGAAUCCAGUGUAAAGAAUUUAUAGAGAAUCACUGUAAAGAGUUUGUAACCGAAACAUCCAAAUAUCAUUGUUUACAUAGAAUAACAGGCAGAAAAGGCUUGAUACAAGUCUUUUUUGCACUGCAAUCUAAAGGGGAUGAGAUGUCUGAGGGCGCACAGGGUUUUUUCCUAAAACAAAAAGUGCACAGGAUGAGCUAAGGCAGGCAAUAUAUUAUGCCAUUUUAUUUCCAUCAACACUGGUUAAAGGAAAGAAAAUUGCUUGAUUCCCCUAUUUAUAGUUGGUGUUGAUGUAGCGCUAUUGUGUUCUGCCAGCAGGGAGCAUGAGGAGUCCUCCCCACCUGCAGAAUACAAAGAUCACUGCUGGCUGCUAUAGCCACGGGCAGUGAUCUGGUGAAAAAUAAAUAAAACGGACAGGUUGGUUGUACUGAAGUUGUUCAGUGGAUCAACUUCAAUGCAACGAGCCUGUCCACAGAUGGAUCGAAAUGUAUCUAGUUCCUACCCAGUCUAUGCCCAGUUUUAGACUGGUGGUCCUGUCAUAAGGUUUCAAAAUAAAAUUCUCAGUAGUGCUCUGUUUUGGCCCAAAAGCCACUAAUAUCAGUUGUAUUUUUUUGGUUUCUGUGGUGUUUUUUUUCGUUUUUAGUGCAUAGUUUGAGUUGUAUCACCAUCAUUAAUUUUGUUGCACCAUAUUUUCAGUAUGGUAUUUCUUUAGCAAAAUUUGCUAAAUUUGCAAUUCUCCUUAUAAGAAAAAAGCUUGAACUGCAUCCCAGCUGAACUCCCGUUGUGUUAAAAUUAAUGAGAAGACACAUAAAGAAUGUAUUGUUUUCAGCCAGUUUGAGCAGAACUACAGUCUAGAAUAAGAGGAACUGUAAAGCACAAUUUCUGUCCAGUAUAAUACAGUCACGGCUAAAGCAUUGCUACCCUCCACAUUUUCCCAAUGAUUUCCUCACAACCAGAACGGGUUUGUAGUAAAAAAGUUGAAACAAAUAAAAGUAUAGGACACCUGCCAUGCUUUAUUGCAAAAGGCAGUGGUUCUCAACCUCCGUUCUCAAGUACCCCCCCCCCCCCCCCCAACAAGAAAAGCCAUGUUUUGGGAAUUUUGCUUAGAUAAAAUACUGUAGCUGUCCAAAAUAAGCCAUUGACUGAUUUAAAUCACCUGUGCUAGAUGGAGGGGAAACCUGUAAACAUGGCCUGUUGGGGAUAUUUGAGGACUGAGGUUGAGAACCACUGACAUAAGGCAGACACUUUGCUUUUGCUCUUUGAAUAUUGUUGUAAAUAAUAAAUAAAAUUGCAUGGACAGAA